CAAGCCACACAAAGGGAGUGAAAGGCUGAGUGUGAUUUUGCUCACUUUCGUAACUAACUUCUUGUACCAGGAACGAUUUGAAACAGAUUGUUCUCACUUUUCAGAAAAUGUAGAUCAGUCCAACAGACUGCUGUUCCAAUCUGAAAGUGGCUGUCUCUGGCCAUAGCAAUUUGAAUUGGACUUGUUUUCAGUCCCCUUAUGUCACUGAGAUUUGAUCAUUGCAUUUUGCCUAUUAUGUGAGUGUUGUUUGAAUGCUUCUCCACACAGAAUAUGGGUGCAUUACAGAAUAUUCUAUAUGGGAUUUGGAGGGGUAUUUAUGACAGUGUGAGAGGCUUUCUUCUGAUUUUUACUCUGGAUGACAAGGCCAGUGAAGUAGCUCACCCUGUGAAGCAUUCAGAGCAAGCCAAACACCAUUCAAGACAUAGGCCAGCUAAGCGAAGUCAAGAAAAGGAGCCGUCGCUGCGCCAGCGGCUGCUCGAGUGCUGCGCUCUGAAUGGCGGUGUGCUGCUGCUCAGCCUGCUGCUGUUCGAGUAUGCCGUGCUGCCCGCUCUGCGGCUGGGCGUGCGGCUGGCGUUCGGCGCCGGCGCCCUCUCCUCAGACAGGUGGUCAGUAUGGAUGAUUUUGAAUCUGAUUUUGACCUACACCUUUUCGGCACUGUGGGUGCUGCCGAUUUUUGGUAUUAGCAAGAUUAUCAACUGCAUAUGGUUUCAGGACAUUGCCGACACUGCCUACCGCAGCAGUCAGGGCCGCGCCUCGUCCCAGCUUAGCGUCAGCAUCCUGGUGGCCGACACGCUGUUCAGCAUCUUCGCCCAGGCACUGUUUCUAAUUCAGGGAAUGCUGGCCAGUCUGGUGCUGCCCAUCUACGGCCUGGGUGACGCCGUCUGUCUGCUGCACAUGUGCCUCCUGUACGCGCUCUACUCGUUCGAGUACAAGUGGUUCAACAUGGGCUGGGAGCUGCACAAGCGGCUGGCGUUCAUCGAGACCGAGUGGCCGUACUUCCUUGGCUUCGGCCUGCCGCUGGCGCUGCUGACACAGAUCUUCCCCUCUUACAUCAUGAACGGUUGUCUGUUCUCGCUGGUGUUCCCGGUGUUUAUUCUGAGUGGCAACGAAGCGGAGCCCGUCGUCGGCCUUUGCGCCACCCGUCUGCAACUCUUCACUCCGGUAAUUAUGGUAUCGAACGCGCUGUUCCGACGCACGGUGAGCGUCCCUGCGAGCGGUUCCCGGCCCGGUGAGCGCCGACCGGUCCGGUGAGUCGCCUGGUGAGCAGACUGGUGAGAGACUGUCGAUCCCGUGAGCAGGCUGAUGAGCCCUGUGAUUCAGCUGGUGAGAAGCUGUCGAUCCCGUGAUCUGCUGGUGAGCAGCCAGUGAGCUGCUUAGUGAGCAGGCUGGUAAGCAUUGGCCAGCCCGGUGAGAAACCUCUGGUGAGCGGUUUUUAAGCGGUGGGCAGCCCUGUUAGGGUCGGUGGGCACGCCUCAGCCAUGACAGUACCGUUCACCCUCGAUUGGGCGCUGAGGGGGCCUUUAGGGUGAGGUCGAUGGCUGACAGGGCUUGACAGACGUGAUUGCGACGUGUAUUAGUGGAGGGGCCCUCCGCUCAGCUGGAAACAGCAGGAUCUAUGUGCAAUGUGUACUCUUUCAACGAUGUGCCGGCAUAAAUACAGUUUCUUAUAAGAAACCCAAUCUGA